UAGCCACUGUAUUAUGCAAAAGCACCGGUUGUCCAAUGACCAGCCGUAACCCGCGCUUUCGGUUUAUCCAUCAGGUAUCUCUGUGUAAGAUGGCAGGCAAAGGAUCCGAGCGAUCGCAAAGAGGAGUAAUAAUUGUGGUAUCGGGAGGUCGGUACUUCGGCAAUUUUGUCUGACAAAUUUGACGCUAGGUCACUUCUUGCCAAGGCUAUUAUUGACCGCUUUAUUAGAGUGACUAAUUUUAUACGGUAAUGGUAACUGUAAUGAACUGUAGUUUGCGAUACGUUGGUGUUCACGGUUAGUCUCUGUUUUAUCCGAGGUUCAAAGCUUUGUGAAUGAACAUAUUUCGAAUUUUCAACCCACGGAAGGAAAAAGGCAACUCCUCGCCACCCGGAUCUUAUGUCACGCUCACACAGAUAAGAGUCCACCCUCGAAAAAUCACAGGGCAAAUUGAGAUGACCAGCAUUGAGGUGCGCCAUGCCAAAAUUGCUGAAAACUACUCACGUUUAGCGGCAAAUAAGUUAGGGGACAAAUCCAUAAAUAAGCUUGGAAGUGAAUUUCCAUAAACCACCUUGAUAGCUUGACAUCGAAGGACACAAGUAACUUUAGCAUGCGUCCAGACAGUUAUAACUCCAAUUAAGAACUUCGUGUUAUAACGAAUCGGUUGGCAAAAGAGAUGGUAGCUUGUUAGAAUGCAUUAUAAUCUGCUAAAUGUUUACUGAAACCUCAUGGAAUUAUCUGUGCGUGCCCUCCGACACGCCGACAGUGUUUUUAGAUAAACAGGACACACUCGAGCCAACGAACAAGAAGCAGGCGUUGGGGCUUUUCAUAUUUUCCUUACGGAAAUAACUUUAAUGUCAGGCACCUGAGUAAAAGAAAUCUGUCAUUGAGUUAAGGAGUCUAAAACAUGCCACUCAAAGAGCGUAGUUAAUGCCAAGCGUUUAAUGUAAGUAUACAGUAACAAACGCCUCAUUCAGACCUCUUGGCCAACCUGACUAGUCUGCCAGCCGGAAAUGCAGAAGUCUUCUCCAGGGGAAAAUAAUCAAAUCAGAUGCGCGUCUGUCUGGCCGCUCAUAGUACUGACCUUUGUCCGACAGUGGCGGUUGUGGCAAUAGAAUCGUACCUGAAUUUAGUUAAUAGUUGAACCACCUCUCAUUAUGCUAACUCCCGACAUCUCUACCUGGUCAACAUAGGUCGAAAUUCCGCCUGGUGUCGCGGCGAGAACACGGUUCGCAAAGUAUCGAGGUCUCCCCAGCUUUAGCAAGUGCGUAUGGUCCACCAAGGACGAUACUUCCCUUCCAUAUGAGUAUGGCAAGAUAUUUCGGUACGUUAGUCUCUGUGCCUUAUUUCUUGUCUUUUGGGAACUUUUUCUUGGAAUCAGACACAGUGUCUGCGCUGACGCUUGGUGUCACGAGCCUAUUAUUUCAAAUCAAAUCAGUGUAAUUGAAGUAAACGACGGAAGCCCUUGGGAAUUGCAUUUAAAAAAAUACAGGGCUGCAUGAAGAGCAGCCAAGUUCAAAGAUUUACAGGUAAUGUCAGGAUUCCAAAUGCAUAAAACUGAUGAUGAAGCAGGAGUGUUGAGGACCUGGUGAAUUCGAUAAACAAGAGUGGACGAUACGCCAACUGCAUUUGUACGCAAUAAGUUCUACGGUGUUGGAGUUAAUGCAAACAAAAUGGCUUAUUGAAAUCAAGAUAGUAGUAUGUUAUAGUCAUAACGGUGACUUAUUAGUAGGGGUUUGGGGGUCCUGACUGACCUCUAACAGGUGAGCAUCCAGAUGUCUCUUAGGCACACACACUUUAGAAGGGCGCACGACAUACGUCGGCAAAGAAUUCCACUGUCGAAUGACUGUUUACGAAAAAAGAACAAACGUUGAUUGGGGCGGCAAUCAUGACGUCGAAGAUUAGUCUUCGGUGCCAUUACGAAAAGAUUUUCCCAGUUCAUAUCGCGUAAAGUCCCCGUAACAACUAAAACGUUAGUACAAGAUCAUCCCUUUCUUGUCUACUUUGGAGGGGACAAGGAUGACUCGGCAGUCAUGCCUACCACCUUUAUACUCAGCGGAAGCGCAAGCCCAUUUACCGGCAGGGAAACAUGUGUCAGGGAACUGCCGACGCAUACCAGACUGUGUGGGCCAUGGUCUGCUGAUACGGGCAUAUCACACGCUUUCAGACCUUUUGACCACUAUGACGCACAGUGAAUGGCUCGCAGCACUGCCCGCGUUAAUAUAAUAUAUUUCAUAGAUAUACAUGAGUAUUCACCAAACCCCAAUGAGAAAUCGACCUUGUCAACUUGCUUGGGUUUCUGAAUUUGAGGCCCUAGGGAUCUGCUUUCGCUUUAGAGAGGCUCCAUAUUGUGCCUGCGUCUGACGAAUCCGGCGACUAUAGUCACCAUCCCUUUCUUUACUCGCAUGAACGAGUAGGCCUGUGAGCGAACGGUCCUCCCACUGGACAACUUUCUCAUUUAGACGAGCGAAGAUUAAGUGCGACUUUUAAAGUCCGAAGGGCCCAAGGCUACAGCCUUUACUGGGAAAAAAUGUCCCAUUUCGCUGUCUUUCAUCGUUGUCAUGAGAAAAGGGGACACUUCUCGCUCCCAUCUCCUAAUUAGAACGUUUUCUAGCACAAACUCCUGGAAAGAGGUAACACACCCACGCAAAAUGGGCCAUGAGACGAAGUCCAAGACUAAUUCCCUGAAUUUGCGCCAGUUGCUCUUUUUGCUACAGCACUUUUGAACGUCUUAAUUAUCUUUCUUUGGUUUGGGCCACUGUUCUGCUGGACUUGUAAAACUAGGCACUCAUAAAGGGAUGGAUGCCAGCCGUAUCAAAUUGUGCAUCGCACACAUGAUGUAGCCCGUAAUUUCAAAUACUUGGACGUUUAUUAAGACAGCUUACUGAAUAUGCUUAACUCGGAAUGUCAGGAGGUUUGCUACAAGGUAGAGUCGAGCAGCCGGUGCGCAAUUGAUCACACGCAUAGGCAGUUUCCAUUGAAAUCCCAGCAAAACAGUCGCCCAGACUAAGUCAUGCUCGUCCUGCGAUCCGCAAUUUUUUUCAAACAGGCAAUCCCCGCUGACAUUUUCUCUCUCUUGUCAAAACUUAUUUUCUCCUACUUAAUAUCGGCCCGCAGAAUUUAGACAUAUGUUAUUUUGCAGGUUCGCAAACUACCCCCACAAUCGUCGGACCAUCACGAAGUAUACGUUGACUGAACUGCGCAAACUUGCAACUGGUGAGGCAGUUGACCCUCUUGGUUGUCCCCUGCAUAUUCCCUCUGGUUCGCUGGCCACCCUUACGAUCGGCCCAAUGGACCGUCAGGUGGCCUCCGCCUUGCUCUCCACCCACACUCAGAGUUUAGAAGGCGACCGACAGGUUCAACCACUCGUUGUUUGGUCCUUACUGCCCUACGAACGCUGUCUUUCCGUACUUCAUCUUACGCUGCAAAAGCGUGCAAACGAACUGACAGAGGAUCCACCAAACCCCAAGGGUAACGCCUUUGACGCUGACCCCAUAAUGGCCAAGGAGCCCACCCUCUUUCAAGUGAGUGACUGAGGCUCGGUAUUGUGCUCCGUACAUUAGUCGUAAUGCCCGGAACUGUCUUGUGUCAACCUUCAGCCUUAAGUCCUAAUUUGGGUCAUGGUGACUUGAGCUUGGCUCGCUUCUCUGAUACCCGUUAAACACUCUGUCCUCCGGUUUCUUUUAACUACGGCUGCAAACUACUCUUAUUGUGGGUUAUGCUUUGGUACGUCUGAGCUGCCGACCACUUGCUCCGUCAUUUAGGCGUUCUGACUAUUUUCUACCACUGUCUUUUGCCUCUUGCAUGAACUGAGUAUGACAGUUCUACUGCAUGUCUGUUUUCUUCCGAAAACGCUCCCACUCUUGUCAUUUUGUCAGUUUGACCGUCGCGAACAACGCUGUCCACCGUGUGCUCCACAGCGAGGCGUACGCAGUACGGUGACUUGUGCGUGAAUUAACUUGUACUGUGCACAGCGUCUGCCACACACCCCUCGCCCACACUCUUGGGCUCGGUUGCCAGAAUAGGUCAGAAUGACCUGAGACUCGGUGGCUAACCAAACCGAACACCGUCUACGCGUGCCAUACACGACCUGGCCUCCCACACAGCACUCCGGAUUUUCACACGAGGGGAGUUGGUGGCUCGGACCUCGCAUGCAUGAGACGGUCAUGAGGGCUACAUCAGGCUGUCAGUCUACCAGUCGGCCACUCCACAUACGCAAAAAGCCAACUGCGAGGGCUCAGCUAUACCGUUAGUUAGCAACCAUCCAGGCUACGACGUUUAGCGUGUCGUGAUGGCUUUAAGUUGAGGAAUGCAUUGAUUUGUCGUUGGCAUGAGGUCCUCAGAGUCCACCUCAAUCUUUCUCCCUCCCCGCAUACCAGUCAAUUUGUUGGGAUUGGGUGCAGUGACCGACGCAGCUGCUGGAGCCCAUCAGCAUGUGACACGCAAGACCUGGUUAGACACCAGACUGCGCCAACGGACACGCUUACCACUUGCGUGAGAAGUACCUAUUCUCUUUCUGCCGUGGGUGAUGUGGACGGGUUUUUGUGUGGUGUACGGGCUAGUGGGGGAAAUGUAUAGUGAUGGGAUUUGGUCUGCGGUGUUUUACCGCAGAUUUUUGUGGAGGCUUGUGUGACCGAGUAGGUCCAUGUGGUGAGUGAGUAUGCGUGGACAGUGCGGGUGAUACUGGUGUAUGUCGGGACCUCGGGAAUUGGUUCGCCAGUCUCGGCGCAAUGGAUUCGCAAGUGACCGAUCAGGCCAAUGCGUGAUGUGAAGGUGCGAUUACGGUGGGAGCACUUUGGGAUGAAGCCCGCAUUGCAGGUUGUGGGGGCGUUAGUGAUGGUGAUGACGGAUGAUAGGGCAUCCGGAGUGUUCUCACCGGUAGUGAGAGUGGGUAUGGCGGUAGUCGUCCUCGCCGCCGGAGAGAGGGGUUGUGCCAGUGAUGGUGGAGGUAGUGCAAGUCCGCGCGGGAAUUUGCUCACCGGUCGUGGUAGUAGUAGUAGUGGCUCUCGUAUGGGUUGCUGCAGGGUUGACGGCAAAGGUGUUGUCGUAGACAGUGGGUGUUGUGUUGUUAUUAACAUUGGGCCCAGAAAUGUCCAACGAGGCCACUCCGCGCGCAGAAUGUCCGUCGACAGUGUAGACACGAAGAGAGGGGCUGGAUGGUUGGGGCUAUGAGUCUGCGGCGCUUGCGGCUUGCGAGCCAUCUAUCUUUGGCAGCAACGAUCCGGUUGACUUCGUAGACUGAUGCUCUAGCCCUCACUGCCUCCUUGCAUACCGGUUAAUCCUGGCAAAGGUUCUUCCGGACCUCCAGAUUAAUUUGUAGAUUCUUCCGUAGGCUGUCCUUAUAGCGUCACUUUUAUCCUUCCCGUCGCCGAGCAUCCCUGGCGACGUCUCCGUAAGUGAGUCACUUGGGCAGGCACUUGUCAUCCGUCCUCGCGAGCAGGCCGUUCCAGCGUAGAUGCAGUUGCCUCAGCAAGGCGUAUAUGCUGAGGAUUGGGGUCCACUCCAGGAUUUCCGUGUCGGACGUCCUAUUCUGCAACCCCAGCUUUGGUAUUCUUCGGAGACGGCUGAGGUGGAAGAGGUUGAGUUUCUUGACUCGAUCCGUAUACGCGGUCCAUAUCUCCGCCCCAUACAGUAGCAUGUUCAGGACCGCUACCCUGUACAUCUUAAAUUUAAUGUUUAAUCUAAGUCCGCGACGGUGCUAGACUGAGCCCCAUAGCCGACCGAAGUCUGGCAGAACCCAUUAGUCUUCAUCUAUUGGUAAUCAUCGUUUAAAAGUGGCUUUAUCCUGCUCUGUUUUGUGCAGCGUAGGGACUGCUGUUUUUUUUACGUUGACAGUUUUCCGGAGGUCGCGCUGUCGGUUAUCUUUCAAAUCAAAUCGAAGCAGUGUAUUUGGAGUAAAUUACAAAAGCCUUCAAAAACCCCAUUCAAAAAUACAAGUCUGCAUUCCGAGUAGUUGAGUUGUAAAGGUUCUCAGGUCAUUUCAGCAUGCGAAAUGCACAAGACUGAUAAUAAAACAGGAGUGCUGGAAAGCUGGCGAAUUUGGUAAACAAGAGCGAACGACACAUUAACCGCAUUUGCACACAAAAAGUUCUACAGCGUUGAAGUUAAUGUAAACAAAAAGGCUUAUUGAAAUCAUGAUAGUAGCAUGUCGAUAGUCAUAACUGUAACUCAUUGGAUGGCGUUUGGGAAGUUCUAGCUGACCCUUAACACGUAAGCAUCCAGACGUCUCUUAAACACACUCACGUUGGUAUAAUGCACGACACACGUCGACACGGAAUUCCGCUGUCAACGGACUCAUUGUGAGAAAAAAAGAUAAACGUUGAUUGGUGCGGCCCAGGGCCAUUUUAAUUUGGCAAUCAUGAUGCCUAAGGCUUGUCUUCGGUAACAUUUCGGAAAGACUUUCCCAGUUCACAUUGAGAUCAAGUCCCCUCAACAACAGGAACGUCAAUUUAAGGUCGGCGAUGUCUUGUCUGUGGUGGAGGCGAUAGUGGUUUAAGUCGGUCAGGCGCCGUUCGUGCGUCAAAAUUUUGAAUUCAUGAAUAAGCUUUUUCGUAGGUUGUUGCACGCCCUCCGCUAGCCUACCAACAAGCCUGCCUACUUCGUUACAUUCACUCAACAUAAACUGCUCAUAAUUUGCAUCUCUCUCACCACAAAAGAGAUAAUAAUCGUCUAGACGCACCAGGCUACUAUGCGUACCCUCGCCCUCUUGCUGACUCGCGGGAGUCAUCCCAUCGUCCCUUGGCGUUGAUUAAUUAGGAACGCUUAUUACUAAUUACCAGAUGCCAUAUAUGGAAUUCUGGGAGACAGUGAUCCGCUAAACCGGCAAGCAUCUGUCCAAACUUUUAACUAAGACGAGUGUUGAUAUAAUAAUGAAUUCGCCCCUAUGCAGCUUUAUAUACUACACAAGGCCCGUUAGUAGAUUGCUGAUAAUACAUGGCCGCUCUGCCGCAGCUCCUGAAAUUCGGCUCAAAUUUUCUCAUAAACUCUCGGGUCGAACUCGGGAGCCUUGCCCCGGGGCCUCCUCCCAAGUUCUCGCGCUAUUUUUUGGCAAAAAUAAAAUUCCUUGGCAUUUUGAGAUUUAAAACAGAUCUGCAUACUUACGUUUUCCUUUUUAAAUCUCGCCUUCUAAUGAGGUUAUUCUGAUAGGCAACUUUUUGCUCUUCUCGCUCAUUUAUCCCCUUUCACCUCCUUAGGUUGGGAUCCGCCGGUUCAUAGCUUCACCCAUCUACUCACAGCCCAGUAAGGCUGCGAACACAAACGCGAAGGCAGAGAAGUUCUUCACGUUUGCCUCCUCACCCAUCGUGGCGAGCAUGUAUGCACCGGUUGCAUACGCGCCUCUACCCGUACUCCAGUUCAGACUUCGCCCUGAGGUAAUUGGUCACUCUGUCUCAUGACCCAGUUUAACUUCUCCAUUGCUUUUAAAACAUAAUCGGAGUUUUUAUUAGUUCGUAGGGCCAUUUGGGCCGUUUAACACUGACGUUUCCUCCAGGAAACAAAUUCAUACGAUAGGAAAACUUUUCAGUCCUUACUUUCCAAGUCCGCGUUAAAAAUUGGCACUGCAUAUUUUAGAAGAGAACUAUAACACAUUUUGCUUGUGUUCCCUGUAAGUUCUUUUUUUUAAAUUCUCCCACUUUAACGCCUUUGCAGAACAUCCUGAGGUUCGUAACAUAUCGCUUAAAUCUGGGGCUCCCAGCUUCGCAGGCAAGGUACAAAAACUGCGAACCUGCGAGCGCACAUUCGAGGUCACUAGUGUGAAUUCUUCAAAGAACCGAAUAUUCCAGAUUUUCAGAUCCUCUCAAGUGAAUCUAGGAAUUGUUUUUUUUGCUAAUGACCUCAACUUGCGUAAGCUGACUUCUGAAGCAUGAGAAGUGCGUUAGCUUACUUCAGCGUUCAUGGCGCCACUCAAGAGUGUUCGUGAAUAUUUGUAGGAAGUCUCGGGGUCCCCUUGGUCUAUAAGUUAAAUUCCAAUUCAUAAGGCGAUGGUGGCAGGGGAACCCUUAUUGGAUGACCGGGAACACUCCCCAGGCCGUUUCUUGGGUUCUUUCUUAGUUGAUUGACUCGCAAUAUCAGCCACGCUCUGAGGUACUGCUCCUGCAUGCUCAGAUGAGGAACUGUGCUCGUUUCAAAACACGCCUUCGAAGGUCAUCUAUAGAUGUGCCGAGUAGCUCAUAACUAAGCUAACAUACUGGUUGCACCUUCGAGGAGUCCCCGUCGUCAUUUUGUGCGACUUCUCUAUAAUAACUCCGAGGCGCAUCCAAGUAUUGUUUGCUAUAGUCGUGACUUGGACGGUUACCAACUGACGAGAUAACACGGUCCUCCCCUGGAAUGAGAUUCAGAGUGCAGUAGCUUCCUAGUGUGGUUUUUAUGGUAUCACUCACGUGUGGGAUCCAAGCCCUUGCGUGGCACACGUUAGACGGCGGCUUUCCGUCGGGCUAGCUACCGUCAAGCCUCAUCCCAACCAACCUAACUACUGUAAUUGGAGCGGAAGGUAGACACCAUGCAAGCCCGUUUCGCUUCGGAAAAAAUCCCCACACACUAGUUACUGUUGCGCAUUACAGACAGCAGGGAACUUCAUUUUGAACUUCUGCUGAACACACCUGUGACCAUGUGCGAUCUACUCGGUCUCGAUGCUAUUGCAGAUUGCGUCAAUCCACGCGUGACCAUCUGGGGCAUUGAAUCUCGAAAGCUGGGCCCAAUCUCUCCUACAAUGACGCAGGUCCAAGAGUCACCCCCAUGUCUUAACAGAUCAUGCCGGACCAGAUUUCUAGUUGUCCUUCUCUUCGAAGUCUUCAGGUGUGCGUUAACGCCGGAUCGAGGGCAGUGGCUCAUGGGACGGACGACGAAGAACAUGCCCAAACCACGUCAACUGUCACAUGUCAAAACGAUUGUGAGCUGUCUCACUCGAGAUAAAGCCAGUGUACUUCACUCUAAGGAUGGCUCUCAGGCAACUGUUGUCAUAUACCAAAGGUUUUCGCACAUCUUCAACACGCACAGCCCAGAAUUCCUUAACCGUGUGGGAGGACCAGACGGAUGUCCGGCACACGUGAUCCAUGUGGUGACGCGGAUAUCGCGACGCUUCCAUAGACACCAAAGCCUCGAUAAUACCUCGUGAUAAGCGUCGAUCUGGGCGGCAGUACCGUCCUUGUUCUGUCCAUUUCGCAGCACCUUCGGUUCGAGAUAUUUUAAACUGCGGUUCUUCAGGUUGACAACCACUGAUCUUGGGAUGCAGCUCGAAACCCCUCUGACCUUUGUAACUUUGAUGGGCAAACCGGCUGAUCCGCUGGCAUUAUCCACCCGUGACACUUCCGAGAAUCUAGUCAAUAAUUUAAUUCUACAGGAUGAGCCACAAGCUGUAACUUUGUCAAACACCAAGCCGAGUAUGGAUUAGCUGGGAAAAAUUGUCGCGGACCAGAACUCACACAGCGGUGGAAAUGUGGUAGGCUCUGAUCGCAGCGACAACUAUUGCCGGUACACUCUCUGACCGCAUUAUCCGCCACAAGCACUCACGAUGAUUCGUGGGUCUCUUUCUGCGCGGUCAAGCCAUCGCAUAUGGGACGUAUUCCAUGAUUGUUAGCAAUGCAGUUGCACUCGGUUGCUGUUUGUUGUCCAUUGAUGAACGUUCCAGCCUUUAGAGCUGCGUUUCGUGACUGUCACCACUUGUUACAAACCUUCUCUCCCCUGUUGACUAAUCGCUCAAUGUCCUCUUCGUUGCAUUUUAGACUGGAGACAACCGACGUGUGGUUUUGGGCGAUUUGGCGGCUGUCGGUUCCGUGCUCUCCGUAG